AUGCUCUCUUUCUUGAACCUUACCUCUUUUGCAUUAGCAAAACUUCCUCGAAGACCGAAGGUUUCCAUGUCGACCAAAAUAUCUCCGUCCGUUUAUCCAUCUCCUCGUCGUGACGAAACGAUUGUAGAUGAUUUCCAUGGCACCAAGGUUACGGAUCCUUACCGGUGGAUGGAAGACCCAGACGCAGAUGAGACUCGCCAAUUUGUCGACGACCUCAAUACUAUCUCUGCUCCAUUUAUUGCAGGAGCUCCAAGUCGAGAAAAGAUCAGAGAGCGGCUUACGGAACUUUGGGAUUACGAAAAAUACAGUUGCCCAUCGAAACGAGGGGAUUUUUACUACUACAGUUAUAACUCUGGGCUGCAAAAUCAGUAUGUGAUAUAUCAACAGAAGUCUAUAAAGGAGACAGGUGAAGUAUUUCUUGAUCCAAACACUAUGUCGGAAGAUGGGACUACGUCUAUUAGAAUAUCGGCGUGGACAAAGGAUGGUUCGAUUUUCGCUUAUGGUUUGAGUGAGAAGGGCAGCGACUGGGUGACCAUAAAGUUUCGUGGUGCAGACAAGAAAGAUUUGAGGGACGUAAUAACCGGGGUGAAACACUCUUGUAUUUCUUGGCUGAAAGACAACUCUGGAGUCUUUUACUGCAAGUAUCCAGAUCAUAGGUCGGCUACCGAAGGCACAUCUGUGGAAAAGCACAAGUAUCAUUCGCUUUAUUUUCAUCGCAUGGGAACUGACUGCAAGGAAGAUGUGCUUGUUUACGAUCGGAGAGACAAUGCAGAUUAUAUGAUAGGCGGUACCGUGACAGAAGAUGGAAAAUAUCUGAUCAUUGAUGUUUCGCGUGGAUGCGACCCUUAUAACAUGCUGUAUUACUAUGACUUAUCUGCUAUAAAACAUGGCAUUGGGAAGAUCACGCCUACCCCUCUGUUUGACAAACUCGAUGCCAAAUAUGAUUAUGUGGAUCAUGAUGAUGAAACGAUGCUGAUCCAUACAAAUCACAAUGCACCUAUGUUCAAACUUAUCCGCGUUUCGCUUAAAGACAAAUCAGUUAAAGAAUUAGUCCCAGAAAACCCUCGUCACAAGAUGGAUUGGGCUUCCCCAGUUGCCGGAGACCGUCUUGUUAUUUGUUAUAUCGAAGACGUCAAGGAUGCAUUGUACGUUUAUGAUCUCGAUACGGGCUCUCGAUUUUAUCAGUUUCCAUUGAAAAUAGGCUCGUUAUCCGGCUUUUUCGGUAAGAAGUCACUUGAUGAAAUGUUUUUUGGUUUUGAGUCUUUCACAGUUCCGACUAUCAUUUACCGUGUUGACUUUACUUCGGUGAAUAAGAAGAGUGUACCUGAAGUAAAGGAACUAAGGAGGGUUCGCAUAAAAGGAAUGGAUGAGAACCAGUUUUCUAUAGAACAAGUGUUCUUCACAAGCAAAGACGGCACAAAAGUUCCGAUGUACAUCAUAUCGCUCAAAGGUACUCCACGGGAUGGUAAUAAUCCUACUUUACUCAAUGGAUAUGGGGGAUUCAACAUUGCCGACAUGCCAUAUUUCUCUAUAAGUCGCUUGCUUGUGGUAAAACAUUUCAGAGGUAUCAUUGCUUGUGCUAAUCUAAGAGGUGGGAGCGAAUAUGGAGAAAAUUGGCAUAUGGGAGGUAUGCGGGAGAAAAAGCAAAAUGUUUUUAACGACUUCAUUUCCGCAGCUGAAUACCUGAUUGAGAACAAGUACACAUGUAGGGAUAAGUUAGCUAUUCAUGGUGGUUCGAAUGGUGGCCUACUUGUAGCAGCAUGCUCUCAACAACGUCCAGAUCUUUAUGGAGCUGUUCUCAAUCGUGUUGGCGUUAUGGAUAUGUUGCGAUUCCACAGAUUCACCGUUGGCGGAGCAUGGGUACCUGAGUACGGCGACCCCGAUAUCCCGAACGAUUUCGAAUUCAUCUAUAAAUAUUCUCCUCUGCAUAAUAUUCGUUUUCCUGCGGAUGGUCAGUGGCCCGCCACUCUAAUGAUGACAGCAGAUCAUGAUGACCGUGUGGUCCCUAGUCAUACCUUGAAAUAUGCAGCAACGCUGAUGGAGAAAGCCAAACUUCAUUCACUACAAACAAAUCCCAUUCUUGUUCGUGUUGAAGUGAAAGCUGGUCAUGGUGCGGGGAAGCCAACGAAAAAAGUGAUUGCUGAGAUCGUUGACAUGUACAGCUUCCUGCAAAGAGUCCUUAACGUUGAAUGGACAGACUGA